AUGCCCGACUACUCUGACGACGGAAGCUCUGAGAGCCAACCUCUUCUCGAAUCUGAAGAUAGCGAGAUCGGGGAUGGGCGCUCAUUGCUUCAUAGUACGCAAUGGGAGAGACAUGCGGAGCCUUCUCUAGCGACUGUUCAACCCCAGGCUUUUGAGACUGCCGUUGUUUUUCGCCAACGCUUCAUCCGCCAGAUCCUGGGAUUGAAUCCCUUCAAAACUAGUUAUUUCACGCUGUACAGGCAGUUGGACGAUCCUAGUUCGAAGUUUAUCCUUGUACUCGGUGUCAUCCUUGCUGUUCUGGCAGGGCUUCCACUUCCAAUUAUAGGUGUGAUUCUUGGCCGGAUCAUCAAUAAUUUCCCCCCAGAUGCAGACGAGCUCAAGAGCCUCUUGUAUCGUCUGAUGACGGUCGCGGUUGGCUACUUCGCCGUCACUUGGGGCUGGGCCGUGUGCUGGGCAGUCAUAGGUGAAAGAGUCAGUAGAAAAACAAGAGAAAGGCUGCUUUAUCGCGCUCUCGGCAUGGAUAUGGCCUACUACGACACUGUUGCCCCUGACCUCUCUAGUAUUCUUACAGAAAAGACACAGACUAUCCAGCUCGGAACAUCGGAAAAAGUUGGCCUAUUCCUCGCGUCUAUAAGCUAUUUCAUCUCUGCAUUUACUGUAGGCUUCAUGCUCAACGCAAGACUGACUGGGAUAAUGUUUGUCACUGUGAUUCCUUCCAUGGGUUUAGUCGUUAUAUACGGCACCAGGACCGUGUCCCAGCUAUCAAAACAGGCCUCAAUCUACACCGAAAAAGCUGCUUCGGUCGCCGAGAGCGCCAUACGGGCCGUGCAGAUUGUGCAAGCCUUUGGCCUAUUCGAGCAACUCAGCGAAGAACACAUUCACCAUCUUCGAUCUGCACUGAGGUUCGGAGUAAAGAAGAGUAUUGCAGGCGCGGUCAUGCUGGGCUCAAUCUAUUUCGUAGCAUACGCGACAAAUGCUCUCGCAUUCUGGUACGGUGAUCGCUUACGCGACGGCAGCGCUGAAGCUGGUACCAUAUACGCUGUUGUAUUCCUCAUACUAGACGCUUCCUUUGUUAUUGGGUCAUUUGGGCCUUUCAUCCAAACAUUCGCCAUGGCUGCUGCUGCCGGAGCUGCUGUACUGGAAGUCCUGGAUCAUCCACCAUCUGAGAUCGAUGUGUACACUACCAAAGGGAAGCCAGCCGAAAAAGUGCACUUUGAUCGAGAAUUGAUCUUCUCCGCUGUCUCUUUCGUGUAUCCCGCUCGGCCAACUCUGAGGAUUUUAGACAGUAUUGAUCUGCGCAUACAGCCUGGGCAAGUGACCGGUCUCGUUGGUCCAUCUGGAUCGGGAAAGUCUACGAUUGCUUCAUUGCUCUUGAGGCUCUAUGAUCCAACAUAUGGCAAUAUCAUGCUUGGAAAUGAUAACUUGAAGACUUUCAACGUCCACAGCCUCCGGUCCUAUAUUGCACUAGUCAACCAAAACCCCGUUCUUUUUACGGGGACCAUACUGGACAAUAUCAAGCAUGGAAUACCGCAGAGAGAACUGGAAAAGCUCUCCGAGGAUGAGAUUCUGGAUCGAUGCAAGUUUGCGGCGACCGAGGCAUACUGCGACUUCCUAGACCGCCUCCCAGAUGGUAUUCAUACGAAAAUAGGCUCUGGCCCUCAAUCUCAGCUGUCCGGCGGUCAGAAACAGCGCGUUACCCUAGCUCGUGCUCUGGUCGGCAAUCCAUCACUGCUCCUCUUAGAUGAAUUUACGAGCGCGAUGGAUGGAACGAGUGAAGCAAUUGUACUGGAAAACCUCCGUCGUUCAUCAGCAGCAAACACCCGGACUACCAUCAUAAUUGCUCACCGCCUCGCUACUGUAAGAGAUGCGGAUCGCAUCAUCGUCAUGAAGGAUGGCAGUGUAGCAGAGGACGGGCGCCACGAGGAGCUCCUCAGGAAGAAUGGCACCUAUACAGAGCUAAUCAAGGCUCAGCAGUUUGAGAAAGGGCAGCCAUCAGCCGCAUCCUCCAUUCGAUCUACGGCUCGCUCAUUGCACAAGGAGAACGGGAAGGUCUCUAUUGAUUCAAGAGAGGCCAGCGUGACGGCCGUACCAUCAGCUGUCCAAAGCCGUAAGACGAGCGCUUUCGAGCUAAUCAAGAGGUCACUGUUAUUGAGCCGCAAUGAAGCACCGGCUAUAUUCAUUGGUCUACUAUCAUCUAUAUUCAGUGGUGGAGUCAUCAUUGGAGAAGCCCUCAUCUUCGGAAACUUGGUCGAACUCCUGAACGAUACUACUGGGUCUGAUGACCUCACGAGCAGGAUAUCUUUCUACUGCUUGCUGUUCCUUGUCCUUGCACUCAUCGCUUUAGCUUCUCAUUCGUUUGGCAAGACUGCCUUUGGUAUCGUUUCAGAGAAUCUUACCCUGCGGGUCAGAGACUUGUCCUUUCGAACCAUCCUACAGCAGGACAUUGCUUGGUUCUCAAAGCCUGGCCAUUCACAUCAUGCACUCAUGUCUCGCUUGAACUCUGAUAGCGGAAGUAUCAGCGGUCUUUCUGGAGUCAUACUGGGUACGAUCUUCUCGAUUGCGACAUCAGUCCUGGGUGGGAUCAUCCUAGCACACAUUGUAGCCUGGAAAAUUGCUAUAGUGCUACUUGGUGCGGUUCCAAUAAUGUUGGGAGCGGGCUUCCUGCGCCUGCGAAUCUUGCAUAUAGCCGAGACGCAUCAUCAAACAGCAUAUAACGAUGCUGCGGCCUUGGCAUCUGAAGCGACAUCAUCAAUGCAGAUCGUCGCAGUCUUUGGGCUAGAAUCUCACUUUCUCGAGGCUUACCGGGAAGCAAUCCGGAAACCGUACGAAAAGCACCUGAGGUUCAGCGUAUUUGGCAAUAUCUUGCUCGCGUUCUCGCUUUCUGUCACUUACUUUGUCUACUCAUUUGCAUACUGGUGGGGCUCGAAGCAAGUCCGCAAUGGCAAUUACAGUCAGCGAGAGUUCUUCAUUGUGCUCCCUGCUCUGCUCUUCUCUGCACAGUCUGCGGGACAGCUCUUCAGUUUGGCGCCAGAAGUAGCACGUGCUAAGACAGCUGCACAAAGCGUCUUCUCUCUACACGACGAAAAGCCGACCAUCAUGAAGGAAUUGCCCUCAUCGGGAACUGCUGCUGUUUCCGACGGAGAAGCCCUAUUGUCCGGACCGUCAGCUUCGUAUGGAACUUUCGGUGUACGAGGAGAGCUUGAGUUCCGAAAUGUCAGCCUCCAUUAUGCAAGUCGACCGAAUGUGCUUGCAUUGAAUGACGUAUCAUUUCAAGUCCGACAGGGUGAGAAUGUGGCGUUUGUAGGCCGCUCAGGUGCUGGAAAGUCAAGUACAAUUCAUCUGAUCGAGAGGUUUUUCGAUCCAACCUCAGGGCAAGUGUAUCUGGAUGGUCAAGACAUACGACAAGAGCCUGUUCGUGCCCAUCGUGCCCGCCUAGCACUCGUCGAGCAAGAGCCAGACCUUUUCCCUGGUUCAGUCAAGUUCAACAUCGGACUCGGCCGUCGACCAGGCACCACCGUCAGUGACGAAGAGAUAGAGCGUGUUGCGAAAGAGUGUGAGCUUCACGACUUUAUCAUGAGUCUUCCCGAAGGCUAUAGCACCGAGGUUGGCGCACAUGGCUCAAAACUCUCGGGUGGCCAGCGUCAACGGCUAGCCAUCGCUAGAGCCCUUAUACGCGACCCGGAGAUUCUCCUCCUUGACGAGGCGACAUCUCAACUGGACGCAACUACCGAAAGAGAGAUCCGGAGAGCGAUUGCUGCUGCUUCCAAAGGGCGGACUACGAUUAUGAUUGCUCAUAGAUUGGCAAGCGUGCAACAUGCGGACCGAAUUUUCGUCUUCGAUACUGGAAAGAUUGUGGAGCAAGGGAGGCACGAUGACCUUGUAGCCAUGGGAGGUAUAUACGCUGCUAUGGUGGCUACCCAGGAGCUUGACUGAGCAUCAUCUCUCACACAAGGCAGCUUGGAUCAAUGUGUCCAUCUUCGUGCUCGCUGGUCAUGCCUUCAACACAUGAGGAUGUUCUGCAUCCAUGUACUUUAGUUUCCAUUUUGCAUCUAGCUUGUAGGCGUUUUCUCUUGCAUACAGAUGGAGUAAUGAGCCAAAGAUGCUAUGUAUAUGCUUGUACG